CUAGUUUUUAUCGGGGGAAAUUUAUAUGUGUUUUGGUACAAACAUAACGUCCUUUCAAAGAUUGAAGCAGCAUUCAACAAAACGUGGGAUGAUGCAGCCCUAGUACAAUUGAUUAAGCAGGAGCUAUCGCGGUUUGACCUUCUGACACCUGACCUGGAGCACGCUAGCUUGCAAAGCUUGGCAGCAAAGCUCUCCGAAGUACAUCCACGGCGACAGGAACAAGACUUCGUCGAUUCCAUUGUGAAGGGAGAGAUGACAGGUUCGUAUUUUCUCCUUGUCGGACCGAAGGGGGCGGGAAAGUCUGGAAUGGUGUUCGAUGCAAUGCUGAAUAUACGUAACAAAGGGGCGGUAUUUCUUGAGGCCCAUCCCGACCUUGAGGUGUUUCGUUUGCGCCUAGGAAAUGCUUUAAACUAUGAAUUUAGCGAGGAUAUGCAGGCGGGACUGUUCCAGAGACCGGACCCUCGAUCCGGCGGUCCCGCGAUGGAUAUUGAACGCGCACUAGAUAAGCUAUAUGAAGUUGCUAUGCGAAAUGGACGACGUCGUCCGCUCGUUCUCGUCAUCACCAAAAUUCAGAAUUUUCAAAACAAUGACCAAGGCCGAAAUCUUCUUUUACAGAUCCAACAGUACGCUGAACGUUGGGCCAUAAGAGGCAUCGUCACUGUUGUAUUCACCACGGAUGAUGUAUGGCCGUAUACGUUAUUGCGCAAAGCAGCAACUUUGAUGGAAGUGCGAUCUGUCCAAGAUCUGGACUGGGAAAUGUCAAAGCGCACUCUAUUGUGCAGACGGCCAGAUGCUGAAAAUGUAGACAGUGUCGUGCACGUUGUGGGAGGACGUCAAUCCUACCUCAAUAAGGUGUCCAGGGCCGAAGAGAUGCUGCAAGCUGCGGAGGACCUUCUGCGCUCGGAGAAGGCGUGGCUCGAGAACUGCCUCGGGCUGAUACCAGAUUGCGACAAUGAUGGGGAAGUUGUCGUUCAGCAAAAAUGGAGCCUGCACUGCUGGACUUUACUCCGAGAGUUCGCACGUCUAUACAGAGCUAACCAGAAGGAAUCGGGGGACUCUUGGGAUCCUCUCAAACUCCCCGUUAUCCCAGCGUGGCGAUGUCAGCAAAUCAUGACACGGCCCGAUUAUUUGGACGAGCUUGAUAGGUUGGACGUAGUCUAUAUUGACAUGAAUUCAAACGUGCAGCCCGACUCAAUGCUAGUCCUCCGCGCCGCUUUAGACAUCGUUGAGAAGGAAGGCUUUGAUGAGCUCCUAGAAGAUGUCCGCUGCAGAAUAAAGGAGAUAGAGAACCUGCGACGAUGAAGGGUUCCUUGGAACAGGGCAUAUACUUCUUGACUUGAAUCGAUCUGUCAUAAAGCAGGAAGAGGAAAGACCAGCUAGUAUCUUUAUGGUGAUUUCUGUACACCCUGCCAUCUUCAAGAAAAUAUCAGAUAUGGCAUCACUAAUUAUAAUAACUCAUGGUCCACGCCCA